GAGCACCAUAUCUCAAAAGAAUAAUAUAGUAAUAUAACACCUUAGCUUCAUGAUCAUUACAAUGCACGUUAUUAUCAUCAUUAUGAGAAUGGUGAUGAUGGCAGUGCCCAUAGAAGGAGGAGAAACUGGACGUGCGUUCUUUGUGUUUGGAGACUCGCUGGUUGACAGUGGAAACAACAAUUACUUGCCAACUACUGCGCGAGCCGACACUCUUCCUUACGGCGUCGACUACCCUACUCAUCACCCCACCGGUCGCUUCUCCAACGGCUUCAACCUCCCUGACCUCAUUAGCCAGCGUAUUGGUUCCGAAGCAGCAUUACCAUACUUGAGCCCGGAAAUGAGAGGACAAAACUUGUUGCUUGGUGCCAAUUUCGCCUCCGCAGGAGUUGGAAUCCUUAAGGACACCGGUAUCCAAUUUGAGGGGAUAUUAAGAAUAUACCAACAGUUUGCAUUGUUCCAACAAUACCAAGAACGGUUAGGUUUUGAAGUAGGGGCAGCGGAGGCAGAGAGAAUAGUGAAUGGAUCAUUGGUACUAAUAACACUUGGUAGCAACGACUUUGUUAACAACUAUUUCUAUCCACCAAACUCUGCUAGGUCUCUCCAAUUCACUAUUCCCAAAUUCUGCUCCUAUGUUAUCUCUGAGUACAGAAAAAUCCUUAUGGUAAUUCUUCGACCCCUCCCUUUUAUAUUUGUGUUCUUGGCUUCUUGCUAUUCAUUGUCAGGAGAAAAAAAAUUUGGUUUCUUUGUGAUUGUGCAGAGGUUAUAUGAGUUGGGAGGAAGAAAAGUGCUUGUGACAGGAACUGGCCCAUUGGGCUGCAUUCCUUCACAGCUUGCAGAGAGAAGCAUAAAUGGAGAGUGUGUGGCACAGAUUCAAGAAGCUUCACAAAUUUUCAACCAGCUUCUAAUUAAAAUGACCACAGAACUCAACAACCAACUAACCUCACCGGUUUUUAUUGUUGUCAAUGCCUUCCGAAUUAACAUGGAAUUCAUCAAUCACCCUCAAAGAUUUGGUUUUGUUUCAUCAAAGAUUGCAUGUUGUGGGCAAGGUCGUUUCAAUGGAAUAGGAGGUUGCACCUCCUUCUCAAGCCUAUGCUCAAACCGUGAUCUUUAUGUAUUUUGGGAUUCUUUUCACCCUUCUCAACAUGCUUGGGAGAUUCUCGCGAAUUACAUCUUCAAUGGAACCACUAAUUAUAUGAGCCCUAUGAACCUUACUACCAUCUUGGCCAUGGACUCCAACUUCUAUAAAUAG